GUGCUAGUGUGUUCUAAGCCUUUACUGGUCCCUGUAGGAUGUUAGCAUGAUGUAGCUAGCAUACGCGAAUAGCACAAAGCCAUACAAUUUGCUUUUUAACGGCACUUGGUCAUUCGAACGAUAUAAAUAAAAGCAUUCGAUUAAGUUCGACGGCACCGGAAUUUUCUGUCGUACCGUCCAUAAAUGGCAAAAGUCCCACCAUAGGAUUUAUUUAAAUCUUUAAAAGUUAUACAUUUUCUGAAUCGUCAUUAAUUCAUCUUGUUUCUAUCAGUGAUUCGGCGUGAUCGGACAGUUCUGUAGCUAUGUAAAUGACGUCAGAAGGAUACAGCACUGUUAUUUGCAAUACUGUAUUGCAAUGCGCAGCACACAAUUAUCAUAUAUCUAUUUUGCGACACUGAUUGGGCAUGUAGAACGUUUGCCAGGCAAAUCUGCCAACACUGCUCGUGUAACGUUAAGCUGUUGCCGAGCAACUGGUAUAAACCAACAAAAAUGGCCAAGUUUGUUCUUGCAGGUAAGGCAGAUUGCCCAUACUUUGCUAAAGCUGACAUUCUUGCAGAUUUCCUGCAAAGAAACUUGCCCAACUUUAGCAUGCAUAAAAUCCGCCUCCACCCCAAGGACUGGCAGCACUGGCUGGAGGACACCUGUGGGAAGAAUGGCUGGAAGCACCAGGCCUCUCCCAUUGUGUGGCGGGAGCUGAUUGACCGGGGAGGCAGCGGUUUGCUGCUGGGGGGCUUCAGUGACUUCUUAGAGCAUGUACAGGGGUACUAUGGCAUCAGCUCAGACAUGAGCUCAGCGCUGAUGCUGGAGAUCGCCUCAGAGAACCAGCAGACAGAGGAGCUGUGCAUGGAGGAGGAGGAGCACCAUCGCAGCCUCAUCCAGCCUAAGCACAUCUGGAUCAGCAGCUCCUUGAACCCCACGUGCUACCACUUGAUCCCUCUACUAUGCGACCUGGAGGUUCUGUGUGACAGCGCUGCCCUCUGGCUCCACCUGCUGGACGUGGACGGGAGCGCAGAGGCACUGCAGGGGCUUGGGAUGGAGGCAGAGGACCUGGCUUGCUCACGAAUCCACCAGGUCAGCGUUCACACCUGCCUCGACCGCGCCUUCCUCCACGCCCAUGUCGUGGUCCUUCUGGAUGAGCCUGGUGAGGAGGAUGAAGAGGAGGAGACUCUGCGGAGGAAGACCGUGGAGCAAUUUCAGCGGUACGGACAGCUCCUGGAGACGGGAGCCAGCAAGGACGUGAGAGUCAUUGUGGCGGGAAACUCCUUUGUCAACAUGAAGGUGUCCGUGCUGCUUGAGAAUGCUCCCUCCCUGGACAGCAGCCGCUUCGUUGGCAUAGCAACGCAGCUUGAGAACGAGGCCAGGGCCCAGGUUGCACAAAAGCUCCAAGUGAAAUCUGCAGAUGUGAGAGAUGUGGUCGUAUGGGGUAACGUCAGUGGAAGCUUCCACAUCGACCUGCAGCGAGCGAAGGUAUUAAGGUGUGAGAGUGCCAUCUGGGGACCCCCUGGAUUCUCCCUGCCUGUCUCAGAGAUGAUCUAUGAUCAGAACUGGCUGGAGUCAGUCUUGCUGAAUUUGGUUGGUUCACAGCGUACAGCUGUGACAAGCAAGACACAGAGGAGUGCUGCUCUAUCAGCAGCCAAUGGAAUCGUUGCUGUACUGAAAGCCUGGGACUCUGACUCCACAUCUGGGGAGGUGUACUCCCUGUGUGUGUUAAGUGCAGGGCAGUAUGGCGUUCCCGCAGGGCUGGUGUUCUCCAUGCCUGUGAUCUUCCACAGAGGGAGCUGGGCCGUGCUGCCAGACCUCAGCAUCAGUGAGGAGCUGCAGAGCAGCCUAGAGGCUGCGGCCAACCAGCUGAGAGCAGAAAAGAACAUUGCAUCAGGAGUUUUAUCAGGACAAAGUUAGUGGCCGCCAUAUUUCCCUGCUUUGUCAGGCCUCAUCAUUUAUUCCAGUGAACAUGCUCAAAGAGACUUUAAAAUAUUUUGGUGAUAUUUUAUAUUACUGUGUCUUUGUGGUAAAAAAAAUAAUUCUGAUUGCCACCAUCUUGUACGUCCGGCAGAGAGAGUUGGGUUUUCACAAAAGGGCUUUGGCAGUGGAAAAUACUUUUUAUACUUUUUUGUAGUGGACGGUUUGUUCUUGAUCAUGCACACACUGAUAUUGCCAUUAAGCCAAAACGCAGUUGUGUGAUUGAGAGAAUUCUGCAUGAUAAAAAUAAAAAUUAGAAAUGUGUAGAACUGUGA